AUGUCCUACCAGCAAAGCCAGCAGCAGUGCCAGCCCCCUUCCAAGUGUCCUGUCCCUAAAUGUCCCCCCAAGUGCCCACCUAAUUGCCUGCCCCCAUGCCCAGCCCCAUGUCCCCCUCCAGUCUCUUCCUGCUGUGGCUCUAGUUCUGGGGUGUCUUCCUGCUGUGGCCCCAGCUCUGGGGGUUGCUGUGGCCCCAGCUCUGGGGGUGGCGGCUGCUGUCUGAGCCACCACAGACCCCGUCUCUUCCACCGGCGCCGACACCAGAGCCCUGACUGCAGUGAGUGUGAGCCCUCUGGGGGCUCUGGCUGCUGCCAUGGCUCCGGAGGGUGCUGCUGA